AAGUUUUUGUAGCUAGACGAGAACAAGAGGGCAGUGUAGUUUGGUGCGGCUCUGUGGCACCCGUGUAGUUCGAGGUUUUCUGCUGGUGUGCAUUUUCUUAAUCGUGGCGGUUGUCGUCGAGAAAAUUCGUAAACAAUCUCAAAUCGUGUACGUGCUCUGUCUCUGAUUUUCUGCGAUCGUCCCGAUACGAAAGACCGCGCGGAUGUGUCGUUAGUGUUACACGUGUUUUUACGUUCGCGCAGUGUUUCGUGAAGACAAGAGAGGCCAAGAUACAUACGUACGCGGAACUGCGGCUGUGAAGGAGAGAAAGAGAAGAAAGACGACGAAGAAACGAAGGAAGAAGUAGAAGAUGAGCAAGACGUGCGCCCGCUGCGAGAAAACGGUCUACCCGAUCGAGGAGCUCAAGUGCCUCGACAAGAUAUGGCACAAACAGUGCUUCAAGUGUCAGGGUUGCGGCAUGAUUCUGAACAUGCGGACGUACAAGGGUUUCAACAAACAGCCAUACUGCGAGGCACACAUACCAAAGGCGAAGGCCACCACGAUGGCGGAAACGUUGGAACUGAAGCGUAUCGCGGAGAACACGAAGAUUCAGAGUAACGUGAAGUAUCACGCCGAAUUCGAGAAGGCAAAAGGCAAGUUCACCCAGGUGGCAGAUGAUCCGGAAACCUUGAGAAUCAAGCAGAACAGCAAGAUCAUCUCGAACGUGGCUUAUCACGGUGAGCUUCAGAAGAAGGCCAUCAUGGAGCAGAAGAGGACGAUGACCGGAGAAAAUGGCGAACAGAUCGAGUACGUAGAGUACACGGACGGUUCGAUCGCGCCUACAUCGGGCGUGAACGCGAAUCCACCGGCCGCUAGAACUGCGAGCUCGCAGGUGCAAAGGACACCAGGUAGGAUCGCCGAUUACGAUCCUCUUAGCGAGGUGAGACCGAGCCCCUAUUCCGCCAGGCAAGCUGGGGCAACCACUGUGAUUUAUACGAGCGACAAGGGACCAGUGACGAAUCCACCAGCUAGAAAGAUUGGUUCGGUGGCUGAUAUAGACCCUGUAAACGAGUACUACGGAUCGUUAACACCAGCAACGAAUAACAAUCACGUCCCACAGCAUAUGCCGUCUCCACCACCAGCUACCAAUGUUGGGAGAGUGUAUAGAGCGAUGUACGACUACCAAGCGCAAGAUUUGGACGAGGUGAGCUUCUGCGACGGCGAUCUGAUCGUUAACUGUACAGCCAUUGACGAGGGUUGGAUGACCGGCCUGGUACAGCGCACCGGACGACACGGCAUGUUGCCUGCGAAUUACGUCGAACCAGUGCAAAUUUAAAAAGCAUCUUUCGCAUUUAAAGUCAGCAAACUAGAGGGUAAUUCCACUUUGGGACCAAAUUCUGCUCGAUUCUAUUACGAAGAGCACCGAUAGCUGUCAUGUGCUUAAACAUUUUUCUACGAGAGUAUCGACCCAGUUUUUAUACGACCUUUUUCAUGGUGACGCAGAUUUAUCCUGUCGGUCAACAAUUUUAUACAAUAUUUUUCGAAACCAUUCCGUUGCUUCGAGGAUUCCACGGUAAUGAUGAUGAAAUGAAUAACGAUUUAAUAAUGAUGAGCGGUGACAAAGCCUGGAAGAUUUAAAUUCUUCACUUUUUUUUAUAUAAGUUUUAUAUUCCAUUUGAAGGAAUUGUGUACGUUAUUCGUAAAAUAUUCUUUUCUAUUUCUUUUGCUCGUAUUCUUAUGAUAAGGCGUUUUUCUUUUACAAUACGCGAACAUUUUGCAUUUGUACACAAGAUUCGAACGAUUACUUUUAUAUUCAACGAUAUUCUUCCGACCUUUGUCCACCUUUUUUAAGCGUAGUUCUCACUUUUUCGUAAAUCGUUGGCGAGAAUGAUGCGCAAAUUACAAUGGAUAUUUAUCUGAAAAUAUGAAAACUGUAUUGCAAUAUUUUACCAGAAGAUUUAGGCUUCACCACCAUACCACACGCAUUGUUUAUUGUGAUGCAAACAGAAAGAACGAUGUGCCUUAUAUACGUAGACCUCCAAUUAGGUCAAUCUUUUCCUGCGAGCUUUUGCGCAGCGACUUAAAGGAAAAGAUGAAAGAAAAAGAAAAAGUAUGUUAGUUACGGUUCCGUAUUGAGUUACAUAUCAUCGGAGCACAUAAGAGGGAACUUUGUAGGAAACAAAAGUGAAUCUAGUUAGGAUUAUAAACGAAGAAGAAAUUUUGUAGUGUAAUUGUUGAUAGGAAAGUUUCGUUGCACUUGCCUUGCUCGAUCCGAUGCGUUUCGAAAGAAAGCAACGAUCGCUAGAAAUCUUUAUUACCGUUUCACUUUGUCCAAUUAACGACAUUAACCGACAUUUACCUAGAAUAGCUGUUAAGUUCUAUCACGCGAGAUUCGCCUGCAUUAAACAAAGAAAUGCUUACUUUUCGGCUUUCGAUGAUCCUUUUAGUCACUGUAUCGGUGAUACUCGACUGAUUAAAUAGCGAAAAUAUCAAUCGAUAACAAGCGAUAAUUAGAAGAUCUAUAUCGAUAUCUACUAGCGUUCUUGUGUUACAACGUUUUAAAAUUUCAAGCGUUUUAUUAAGCGCAUGAUUCAGGAAACGUACGUUUUUCAAAUUGUACACGAUGUAACAAAGAGUAUUAUCUGUAGUUAGUACAUACCGUUAGUUAUAAGUCGUACUAAAUUUAUAUUUGUAUUUGUGUAUUUGUAUCGGACGAAAUUUGGAAUUGUAACAAUUUAAGAAAUCGUUACGAAAGAAUUUUUAAUUUUAUUAAGCCGGUGUAUCCGGCUUAUUGCACGUGCAGUUAAACGAAAUACAUUUCUUCAACUUCCUAUCGUUUUAUUCUACUUAACUGAUUAACACAAAUAUGACAUACGAAACAGUACUAAAAGGAUUAGAUCGCUUUCUGCGAACACAUUUCUCGUGGUAAAAAGCGGGUUUAUCGGCAAUAGAGGAUUGUUCUCCGCGAUGGUCUCGAUUUUCCUAGAUAGCUUUAUACCUUCUUAACGUUCGAUUAAUGUACAGAUAAAUAUAGCGAGAAAAUUUCAAGUAUAACGGGAACAUCGUGCCACCAUUUCGGAGACUAACCGCGCCCCAUAUUGCCGUUUCUCUUCUAAUUUUCGUCCCUUAAUCCUUGAUCAUUGUCUUUCGAAAUUUGUUCUUCCCUCUGCUGGAAAAAAAAAAAAAUGAAAAGAAAUCUGGUUCCUGGGACGCAAGCCGUAUCUAUUACAUUGCAUUUACCUGAGUAGGAGAAUAGAAGAUUAUAAGCUAUAUUAUUACGUAAAAGAAAUAAAUAGUAAUGUUGUUGCGUGCACGCGCGCGUACGCCGCGUUUCCGGCGUGCGCGACGUCGUUCGACUUCGUGAUAAACCGCGAGGAGAUAUAUUCAUAUUUUUGGAAACAUGUUAGCAUUAUUAUUAAUAUUAUUAUUAUUAUUAUAAUUAUUAUAAAUAUAUUAUAAUUAUUUCCCCCUUUUGUAAUUAUUAAAACACCAAUAAGUCGAAGAAUCUACAAUUUAUAAUUGAGAAAGCAUACAGAAAUAUAUGUUAGCGUUGUUUAAAACAGAUAAUAUUAUAUUAUGAUACGAGAUCAUAAACAAUGAACAUGUUAUGUAAAUCAUC